UUGCUUCCACGCUGCUCAGGUGCAUCGUGGUCGCCAUUAGCCGCGCCGAACGGGAGGACGUCAUGGCGGCGGCGGAGGAGGAGAAAAACUUUCCCAUACAGUUGGGAGUUGGUUUGGCAGCCUGGGGACGAGCGUUAUGGUGGAUUAAGUGAUCAAGAAGCUCCAGUCCCCACACAAAUGGAGGCGCUCUCCCUAAUGGCCUUGCUGGAGUGCCCUCUGUGUUCGGAGCAGCUGGAUGCAUCAGCCAAGGUGCUGCCCUGCCAGCACAUGUUCUGUAAGGCCUGCUUGCUGAGGCAGGAAGCGGCGCACUCGCAGUUGAUCUGCCCGGAGUGUAGAACUCCCGCCAGGGCUCGGACAGUGGAUGAGCUACCUGCGAACAUCCUGCUGGUCCGGCUACUGGAUGGUUUACAGGGGUCAGCGGGGCCUAGCCGGGACUCGCGCUACGCUGUGCCCUUUGCCAGGAGCAGUCAGACUGUCAGGGAGGGUCACAAAGAGCAUCAAGGCCACAAAGACGUUUCUUCAAGAACUUCAAUCCAUAGCCAAGAUGAUUCAGAAGGAGAGCUUAUUCUCUCCCCUGUUAACAGCAUUGUGCCGAAACACAGAGCGACACCGAGCGAGGACUGGCUCCACAGACACAUUAGUGACAAUAGUGGCACAUCUGUCUCUGCCGGCAUGCUGCAUGCUGCCCCCCAGACGCCUCAAUCACUGCUCCACCAGCAGUCGCUGGCUCUCUGCCGCACACUGUGUGACUUUAGUCCCAAUGAGAUGAACGUGGAGACCAGCGAUGCUUGUCUUAGCUUCCAUAAGGGCGACAUUCUCACUGUUAUCAGACGGGUGGAUGAACACUGGAUUGAAGCCAAACUGGGCGACAGGAUAGGAAUUUGCCCUCUACAGUUUACAGAGCUAAACUCGGUGGCAACCAAACUAUUGGAGGGAAAGAGUCGACGGAGGAGUGACUCAGCAGAAUAUCAGAAUCGGACGGGGAGCAGGAGCAAAGACAAGGGCCCAGAGGCAUCCAAUACGACCACAAACCCGAGAGUCACACAAGUUCCUGCAAAAACUCCUCUUGCCAGCCCUGUGGCCCCCUCCAACCCGUGCAAACAGCCGAGUCCCAGCAGCAGCAACUUUUCCCGCACACCUGCUGUGGAGGCAAACAUCAACGGCUUUGACCUCCAGCGACAGUCACACCGCUCCUCCGUGCGACCCCCUGCCCGUGGACACGCGCAUCCGUCGCGCGAUUACUCUCAGCGAGUUCGGCGCCACUCUGACGGCCCGCACAGACACCUGUUACUGAGUGACAAGAUGGCCAACAAGGCUCCACCCAACAUCUCGAUGGCUCUGUCAAAUCCCCAAAUUUCUUCCUCUUCUGCAGACAGCAAAAACUCCAAUACGCAGCAGCUCUCAAUCAGUGUGUGUGCUGUGCUGUACUCCUAUAAGCCGCAACGCCCAGAGGAGCUUGAGCUGAGGAAAGGGGAGAUGGUGGGAGUGUACGGAAAGUUCAAAGAAGGAUGGCUGCGUGGGUUGUCUCUCCGAACGGGCAAAGUGGGCAUCCUGCCCAGCAACUACAUCACUCCUGUGCUCAGAACGUCAGCCAGACUCCUGGAGACCAAAGCGGCAAGCGCAUCAUCACAGCACAAUCCAGCAGUGGCAAAGAAGCACACAGCUGCUCGGAAUCCUGCUGUGGUCCUUGCUCCUGAUAGGGUAAAUACUGAUGGAGCACUGUACUCAGCAGGACAGGUCUCACAUGUGCCAAAUGGAGCACAGCACGCAAUGUCAUCCACAGGUGCUGGAAAAUCAUCCUUCUACGGGAGCUCACCAGGUUGGGAGACAGUGAGGCGACUCUUUAACCCACACAGAGGUUUAUCAGCAUCCAACCCUUUCAACCAUUCAUCCAAUUUGAAUGUAACCUCCAACUCGGAGCACUUUGCACAAGUUCAGGCAUCCGGCUACUCGCCUGCCCUGCAGAGGAAGAAAAACGGCGGAAUUCUAGCCAACUCUGGAAGACCACCAGGCUGGAUGAGUGAGCCGACAGCGCUCUCUGCUGCCCUACCGUCGAAAGACAGGGACUUCACCUCCUCACAUGAGGCAGGGGGUUAUCACCAUGAGCGGCAUCUGUCCAGUGGUCCUCACUCAAUUCUUGUCAGACCUGAUUCACACAAGAGCACUGCAGACAAGCCUGCCAAGUCGGUGCGCUUCCUCACAGAUGAAGAUCCCCCACCUCCACGGCGUCGGACCUCCUCCUGGUCUUCAGGAAGCCAGGUUCCGUCCAAUUUUGCCCCAGCACCUCUCCCACUAGAAGUAUGGGCACCAUCACUCACCUUGGGAAGAGACGGACCUGGAAUCCUUCUCAAAGACGGAAAAGAUCCAACUGUCAGGAAAGGCAUGGAAACUGUUCUCUCGGAUCUAAACUCAAACUCACAAAAACCAAUGUCAUUGCAGCCGUCGCUAUCAGCUUUGUCAGCUCAGUUCAGCCCCACCAGACACAGAGUGACUUCAACACAUCUAGCCCAGACAGACUCUGAGCUCAGUCUGCUUCAAGGAGAGCUAGUCCUGGUCCACAGACCUCGACCUGACGGCCGUCUCCUGGUUACUCAGGAGACCAGCGGCCAGACGGGCCUGUUUCACUGUAGUAUUCUUCACGCUCUGGAGAGGCUAACUUGACUCUUAUUGCAAUUAAUAUAUUUUUGAAACCCUUUGUCGAGAUCCAGCAGUUGAAAUUGCCAAAAGAGAUUUCCAUGAUGGAGUUUAUUUUUGCCCCGGGUUCAUAUUAAAAUCGAUAUUUUGUGUUUCUUCAGUGUAUGAGCAUGUACUGUAUGUCUCUUCUACUGAGGAUUUGCACAUAAACCCACCAAACGGCGGUUACCCUGUUACUGCCCAUGUUACAUACAGUACAUACAGUCCCCUCCCAAAGUAUUGAAACAGCAAGGUCGAUUCAUUUGUUUUUGUUGUACACUGAAGACAUUUGGGUUUUAGAUCAAAAGAUGAAUAUGAGACCAAAGUUCAGAAUUCCAGCUUUCAUUUCAUGGUGUUUACAUCUAGAAGUGGUAAACAACUCAGGACAGAGCACUUUUGUUUGAAGCCACCCACUUUUCAAGUUAGCAAAAGUAUUGGAACAGACAUGAUUAAAUUAACUAUAAGUGAGUAACUUAUUUGGUGGCAUUACCCUUACUUGCAAUAACUGCAUCAAGCCUGCAACCCGUUGAUUUCAGACUGUUGCUUUCUUCUUUUGAAAUGCUUUUCCAGGCCUUUACUGCAGCUCUUUCAGUUCUUAUUUAUUUCUGUUUUUUUUCCCUUCAGUCUCAUCUUCAGGAGGUAAAAUGCAUGCUCUAUUGGGUUAAGGUCCGGUGAUUGACUUGGCCAGUCCAAGACCUUGCACUUUUCCCCCCUGAUGAAGACCUUUGUUGUGUUGGCAGUGUGUUUUGGCUCAUUGUUUUGUUGCAUGAUGAACCUCCUCCCAAUUAGUUUGGAUGCAUUUUUCAUUAAAUUGCCAGACAAAAUGGUCUGCCAACCUCCACAGGGCAGGGGUGAAUGUUUCACAAUACACUGUUCGAAGAAGACUUUGAGAGAACAAAUAUACAGGCCAUACCACAAGAUGCCAACCACUCAUCAGCAAAAAGAAUCGGAAGGCCAGAUUGGAUUUUGCAAAGAAGUACAGAGAUGAGCCACAAAAGUUUUGGAACAAAGUUUUAUGGAUUGAUGAGACAAAGAUUAACCUAUAGCAAAGUGAUGGAAAGGCCAAAGGAUGGAGAAAGAAAAAUGAUCUGAUUAUGAUCAAAAACACGCAAGCUCAUCUGUGAAGCAUGAUGGAGGUAAUGUCAUCCCUUGGGCUUGCAUGGCUGCUUCUGGAACGGGCUCUCUAGUCAUUAGUGAUGUAACUCAUGAUGGUAGCAGCAGAAUGAAUUCUGAAGUCUACAAAACAAUUUUGUCUGACAAUUUACAGAGAAAUGCAUCCAAACUAAUGGUGAGAAGCUUCAUCAUGCAACAAGACAGUGACCCAAAACACACUGCAAAGACAACUAAGGACUUCAUCAGGGGGAGAAAGUGGAAGGUCUCAGACUGGCCAAGUCGAUCACCGGACCUUAACCCAAUAGAGCAUGCAUUUUACCUCCUGAAGAAGAGACUGAAGGGAGAAACCCCUAGAAACAAACAAGAACUGAAAGAGGCUGCAGUAAAGGCCUGGAAAAAGCAUUUCAAAUAAAGAAAGACUGUUGUCUGGUGAAGUCAACUGGUUGCAGGUUUGAUGCAGUUAUUGCAAGUAAGGGUUAUGCCACCAAAUAUUAAGUUAUUCAAGUUAAGUUAAUUUAAUCAUGCCUGUUCCAAUAAUUUUGCUCACUUGAAAGGUGGGUGGUUUCCAACAAAAGGUGCUCUGUUCAGUCUGUCUGUCCAUGAAAUAAAAGCUGCAAUUCUGAACUUUUGUCUCAUAUUCAUCUUUUGAGCUGAAACCCAAAUGUCUUCAGUAUACAACAUAAACAAAGGAAUUGAGCUUGUUGUUCCAAUACUUUUGGAGGGGACUGUAGGUGAGUGCCUUUGUCAAAACCUACAAAGACAAGACAAUCUAAUUAUGUGAAGUCAAAUAUCUAUACUUCCUCUGUGACAAUAAACUACCUAAGACAAUAA